GCAGAUUCGAUAAUUAUCGACAACACUAUUUGCCACCUUCUAAUUGGGAUAGAUUACAGCCUCCUUCAACAGAAACAAUUUAUAACAGGAAUACGGGGUUCAAUACGUCAAGCAUGCUCUCCACAUCCUCAGAUAACAAUAACAACAACAAUAAUUUAUUCCUCACUCAGUUGGAUUAUAGUAAUAAGACAGGCGCUUCAAAGUUGCCUCUUGUCUCUGGUGAUUUUACUAGCUAUACUAAUCCAGCUUACUAUUCUAAGCAAUCAAAACAAGGUCAGCCGCAGCAAUCAGAGAAUAACAAGUUGUAUGAAGAGUUAAUGGCUAGCACAAUAAAACAAGACUUUAGCGCACUUUCUCCUAAUUAUUCCAAGGCAUCGAAUGAAACAGGAAAACCGCUAACCUAUCUCUCAGCAUUUCAUUCACCCUAUUCCCGAUCCAAUGCAGAAUAUGACCCAUCUUCGUCUACUGCCUUGAUGACUCCUUCUUUUGAUUCUUCUCGCAGGCAGAGUAUAGCUAAAACCAAUCAAAAGCCAAUGGUCGCUCGUCAUCAUCCUUAUAUGCCAGUCAACAAGAACAUGCAACAUUUUCAGCAACUGAACUACAAGGAAGAGGAAUACGAAAAAAAGGGCGAAACCAUAUCCACAGAAUUUAAUAAUAAACAUCCAUGGUAA